AUGGCAGUCAUUAAGAUCAAGAACAUGAUGGUUACGGAACAGGGCCUGGCACUGGACACCAUUUGCCAUUUCCUAGAGGAGCACAGCCAGCUCUGGGAAAAGCAGGUGCCACACAGGGAUUCCUCUGUGCAGAAGCUCCUAAAGUUCCUCAGCCUGGACCCCACGCAGGCUACCGAUAAGGCCUUCCUCUUCCACCUCUAUGGGCUGUUCCUGCGUGAGUGUCCCAAUGUGGAGCAGGUUCAGUGGCACCUGGCCAGCCUCUUGGAGCUGUCCCACCAGCACUCCAGCCAGCGGGAGGGCAUUGCACUGGCUGUGGGCCUGGCCUCCACCAAACACUUGGAGGCGGUAUGGGCUCUGCUGGAGCACCUGGGCCGCACCAAGUUCCUGCGUUCAGUCACCGUGUCCCCAGACAGCCAGGAUGAGAUCCUGAAGUCAAGCUUCCUGUCUGCCACCAUCCUGCUCACUAGAUCCCUGCGGGAAGAGUAUGGCUCCCAGAAGUACAAGUUCACUCAGAUACCAGAGCUCAUCCAGUGUCUCCUGGGCAUCCUCCAGAAGGAGCCCAACUUCUUGAACACCUACUUACGGCAGAAAGUCAUCCUGGUCAUCGUGGGCCUGAGUAACCUGCGGCCCAGACUCAAACCCCUGCUCAAGUCCCAGGUCCUGCAGACUUGCCUGCACAGUGUGUAUAAGCUUCCCUCUACUGAAGCCUUGAGAAGUGGCUCACCUUCGUUGGAACCAGCCCCAGAUGUCACGGUGCUGUACAAGAAGACAAUUCGUGCCCUGGACCUGCUCCUUCAUAACUUCAUCUCUGAAAACCCAAGCAUGGAUGAGAUCUGCUUUCUCCUGCAGCACACAGAGACCUGGUUGAAUUCUGACCAGAGGCAUGAGCGCUGUAGGGCAGUGCAGUCCAUCUUCCUGCUGCUGCAGUAUGUGGUGGACUCUUUGAAGCUCGCUAAAGAGGCCGUGCCAUCCAUGCUGGGCCACCAGAUAGGCCUUCUGACUCUGCUGUGGCGGGAUAAAGACGAGUCAACACAAGAGCAUUCUCACCACUGUGUCUCCCUCCUCAUGCAGCUUUUGUCCCAGCAGAAAGGGAAGUUGGUGGAGUCUACACAGUUGAGCAAGACGAGGCACCUUGAAGCCAUCAAGUCUGGACAUUUGGAGGGGAAGCUCUACCACAUGGUGCAGGUUUUCAGGGACAACCUGACAGUGGCACAGCAUACACAACUGAUCCUCACAUUGGUGCGCAACCUAGGCAGUUGUAACUACCUCCGCUCCGACCUUGCUGCCCAGCUUCUACUGAUGAUCUGUGAGGAGCAUAGCUGCAGGAAGGAACAGGUGGCUGAGAUCUUGCAAGACCUGUUCCAGCAACUGCCAAAGAUCCACUCUCUGAGUGUCCAGCAGACCAUAAAUAAGGUCACCAAGGCUCUGGGGAUCCAGCAUACUCAGGAGGUGGUGGAGGUGGUCUUGUCCCUAUGUCAUCCCUCAGAUAGGUGGAUCCUACUGUUGUGGAAGGCUCUGGCUACCAACUACCGUUUACCUCGUGAUGUCAUAACCCUGCUCUAUGUAAAGUUAAAAUUGAGGCCACCCAGGAGGCUCCUCCAGGCCACAUAUCGGGCCCGUCUGGUCUCCCUGACGGCACUGGGCACCAUUUAUGAGCUCCUCUACACCCCGGAGUACAGGGGCACGGUCCGCUGGGCUUUCGCAGGCAUCCUUCUGGGCCUCCUCACAGAGCUCUACUACCUGCUGGAAGUGGGCCUGGUGCAGGGCAUCUCAGACUACCAGGAAGACAAUCUAGCCUCUAAGCCCCUCGAGCCCUGCAGGACCUGCCUAGAAGCACUCAAGGGCCUCUUUUGGACCAACCAGUACUGGGAAGUGUUUGCCGACAUGAAGCUGAUCCAGGGCUGGGAGCUCUUUGGGCAUUUGGAAACCUUCCCAAAGGGAGUGACCCUUCUGGCCAGGGCCAUGGUUCACUAUGACUGUGAGGUCAAGGCUGUCUUGGGGCAGGCGCACAUCUCCCUGAAGAGCACUGAGGAGCGAGACAACAUCGUGGGCAUCUGCAUCAUCACUGAGUUUCUCAACAGCCCAGAUGUCUCCCAGUAUGUGUCUCUGAAGGCCAUGGACAACUGCCUGAACAUGGGCCUUUCCAACCACAACCAAACAGUGAGAGCUAUGAGCCUGAAGGGGCUAGGCAGCACCCUGAUUCAUCCUAAGAAGGUAACUGUGCUGAGAAGUAAGUUGAUGGAGCUAUUGGACAAGUUUGUACAGCCUGAGAUCAAGGACCCAGUGGGCCUGAUGGAGAUCAUGGGCCACCUCCUGCACCAUCUGGGUGUCCAGGGCACUGGUACUGUCAGCUUCGAUAUUGCUCAGCACCUUCUCAACCUGUUCACAGAUGAAAGGGCAAAGGUACGAGAAUAUGCCAUUUUCCUAUUCGGAGAUGUCAUUCACUAUGGUGGAAAGAAGUUACGGCAGAGCCUCAAGAGUCUGGCUUUCCAGGCUGCAGUGCCCCUGCUCUUCCAUAUGGCUGACCCCUGCCCAGAAGUGGCCAUGAAGGCCAAGUUCACCUUCCUGCGCUGUGCCAUUUUGCUAAAAUGGGAGUUCCGGAAGGAGCUGUUCGGCAAGCUGGCAUGGGGCCAAGGGCUAGGCGCUGCAAAUGACAUUUUUGUCUAUAUGAUAGAAAGCAACCUUGGCAACUACCAACAGCUUCUCAGUCAGGCCUUGAUGUAUCUGGACAGCCCCCACAAGACCUUGAAGCUUGCAGCUAUGAAGUUCAUUGGGGGACUGCUUCAGGACUACUUCAAUGACCUCUGUUUCUACUUGACAAAGGACGAUGUGAUCAUCCUAAAGAACUAUCUGGAGGCCCUCAGCCAUGACACAGACUCCAGGACCCGAAAGUUCUACCUGAACUACUGGGACGACGUUGUGGAGCUGUCCCACUACGUGAUGCGCUGA